AUGGCCCUGAGAUUGAACUCAUCACCGAGCAAGAAAGCCUUGCUUCCCAAAAGCGAUUUUGUUGACCAUCCCUUCGUCCAACGUCAAACGCCUACAAAUACCCCUCCAAAAAGCGGCGCUACUUGCUGCAAUUCUUCUUUAGACAUCAGCAGUUUCGGUCUUUUCCUCACUAUCAUCACGCUAAUAGGCGCGGCCUCUGCCACCUUCUUCAUUCCCAUCAUACACAUCCGCACUUUUCUGCUAGAGGUCACACCAGAAAGACUGGAGGCCGUUCGUGCGGGCACGCUGAACAAAUUCGAGGUGGGAAUCGUGCAUAAUAGCUGGCCAGUCUACAACUACCCAAAGAGUGCUGAUUUGAUCCUGGAUUUGGUGACAAAGGCUGAGAUGCGAUUGGCAGAGACACCUAACACUGCUGCAUUUAUGCUUGGAGAAAGACGCAGAUUGUCGGUCCACUGGCGUGACUGUUUCACCUACUACCCAAUGGUCAUGGCUCUUCUCAUCUUUUCAAUCUCCACCCAGGCCUUCUUUCGUUUGCAUCCCUUCUGGAGAAACGCCUCUCCGAUUUGUCCCCUCUUCUGCCUCGCAAUUUUCCACACCACCAUUAUGAUCAUCCAGCUGGCUACCCUCUUUGCCAAUGUGAAAAUGCAUCGCGGAGUGGACGCACUGUUCAAGAAGGUUUGUGUAACAUGCUUGGAGGACAUCGAAAAAACCAUCAAUUACACGCUAGCGGUUCCAAUGACCUACUGUAUGGCUCCGCCUACCGAUUACUCGACCAUCUACCUUUUCACCCUUUUCACUAACGUUCUAUCAAUAUUCAAUUUUCUUGACUCCAUAGACUCUGAUACCUGA